GUAAAAUCAAGAGCUGUUAGUUUGGACUUCACGUUCAAAGAAAGCAAUACGAAAGGGACUUCAAAGCAAACAGACAAUACCUUUCACUAUCUCCCUCUCCUCUCCUCUCCUCUCCUCUCUCCGCUCUUCAAAGUCGACGCUUCUUCAUCAUCAUCAUCUAACCCUAACGAUAUGCUCUAAGAUUCCACUUCCGAUCUCUCUCCAAUGGCGUCUUAAUCAGAGGCGAUUUCUUCGUGGAGGAGAUUUUUUUGAUCAUAUGAGGCUCUUACUUUCUUCAGUAGUCAUUGUUAUCUCAAAUGUGCACAUCUCGCAGAUUCUAUCUAGCAUCAUCAAACCUUUGGAGAAAUUAAAAAUAACAGUUGAGCUUUGAACAGUUGGAUUCUUGGAGAGGAGUCAUUUCUACUCUAUUGUUUUGGAUUGGUGGAAGAAAAGUAAAGGAAUACCAUGGCUGGAUUGGAAGAAAACAUUGAAAUUAAGUUUAGAAUCUUUGAUGGAACAGAUAUUGCUCAUAGAACAUAUGCAAUUUCCACAACUGUAGCUUCUCUUAAGCAAAUGCUUGUUGCAGAGUGGCCUCAAGAUGUAUCAGUUGCACCAAAGUCAGCAAAUGAACUGAAACUUAUACAUGGAGGAAGAGUUCUCGAGAGCAGCAAGACUCUUUCUGAGUACAGAAUACACUUGACAGAUGUAUCUGGUGGCGUUAUAACCAUGCACGUCGUGGUUCAGCCUCCGAUAGAUAAAAAGAAAUCAGAGAAGAACAAGGAGGUGACUACACAGAUCUCGUGCUCAUGCACAAUUCUUUGAUGUGUGGGACUUCGAAAAACCCUUCUAUGAAACAAUCUUUUACCCUUUUGGUUUAUUUUCUCAAGAUGGCAAUUUGACUAUCAUAAUGGUUUUAAUCGUUUUUUGGGUAUGUACCCCUUUUUUUACUCGAUAUGUGACACAAACUUCUUUUUUGAGAUAGUGCGUGAGAAUGCAAACAUGUAAAUCUCUCUAUCUCGUGUACAAUAUGUGGACGAACACUCGUCGUCCUCCUUAUGGAUGGAGGAGAAUGUUAUCAAUAUAUGCAAGUGUUAAUUCAAACAAACAUUUUAAUUUGUUGUAUUGAAAGAUUAUAAAUGUU